ACUCAGAUGUUGACAUAUUCAUUGGAUAAGCGCCUCUAUGAGAGCAUAGUAUAUGAGAAUGAAUUUACAGAUUUGAAUUAUGAGAAGAUUAAAAAGACUAGUAUCAGCAAAGAAUUUAAACUUGUGAAAAUUUUAGUCAUUGUAAUUUUUGAAUGCAUUUAUGAACAGACUAAGUCACUUGAGAGUCAUGGAACAGCAGAAGAUUCAGAUGGUGAUAUGGCAUGCACAGAAGAAAUCCAAGACCUUUCUCUGGUAUUGUAG